UUAUGGGCCUGUUUACACUCACACCGGAUUCAUGGUUGUGAGCGAAUAUCAACAUGAAGACGGCACUUUUCCUCUGUAUUUUUAUCUUUCUCAAGGUGCAAGCAUUUCCCAGACACUUAGGUGAAGAGGUCGAUGCAGGAGAACUAAGGGAUGACAUACUUGACAUCAAUAAAGGCUUACUCCAUUUGAAAGAGGGCGAUAUUGCUGGUGAUCACCGCAGGAAUGCACUUGUGAAUGAAACCAUGAGAUGGAAAUUCCCCAUUCCCUACAUUCUGACAGACUCUUUAGACUUGAAUGCCAAAGGUGUGAUCCUGCAGGCCUUUGAGGAGUACAGGCUGCGCUCGUGUGUGGACUUCAAACCAUACGAAGGAGAGAGCACCUACAUCUCCUUCACCAAACUAGACGGGUGCUGGUCAUUCGUGGGGGAUUAUAAAACGGGUCAGAACGUGUCGAUCGGGGCACGCUGCGACACAAAAGCCAUUGUGGAACAUGAACUUCUCCACGCUCUGGGCUUCUACCAUGAGCAGUCACGCUCCGACAGAGACGACUAUGUCAAGAUCUGGUGGGACCAAAUAGAAGACGGAAUGGAGCAUAACUUUAACAAAUACGAAGAUGACUACAUCACGGAUUUGAACACAGCGUAUGAUUACGAGUCCAUAAUGCACUACAGGCCCCUGUCGUUUAACAUAAACGAGUCCAUCCCCACCAUCACCACCACCAUCCCCGAGUUCAACAACGUCAUCGGCCAGCGCCUUGACUUCAGCGCCAUCGAUAUCACCAGACUCAACCGCAUGUACGACUGUGCAAACUCUCACACUCUGCUGGACCAGUGCUCCUUUGAACAGAUAAACAUCUGUGGAAUGAUCCAGAAUGAGGCCGACAGCAGUGACUGGGUCCAGACCCUGAGCACCCCCGCAGACCCGGACUACACCCUGGGCGGCCGCUGCAGAGAUUCUGGUUACUAUAUGAAGUUUGACAAGUCCUCGGGAGCAGCUGGGAACAGUGCUCUGCUAGAGUCUCGGAUCCUCUAUCCCAAACGCUCAGAGCAGUGCCUGCAGUUCUUCUACAGGAUGACAGGGGGCGCCGGAGACUCACUGGUGGUGUGGGUGCGCACGGACGAUGGAACAGGCAAUGUCACCAGCCUCAAGAAGGUCCACACCUUCUCAGAUGCUGACAGUAACUGGACGAUAGCUCAUGUCCCUCUCAAAGUAAAACAGAAGUUCCGUUACAUCUUCCAAGGAGUCCGCGGGACCGAAAUUUCAACGGGUGCCAUUUUUAUCGACGACAUCACGCUCACUGAGACUGUCUGUCCGAGCAUUGUUUGGCAGAUCAGGAACUUUAAAAGUCAAAUAGACAGCUCUCCUGUUAGGACCAUUAUGAAGAGCCCCUGCUUCUACAGUCCAGAGGGAUAUCGUUUUGGUGUCUCCGUGCAUCUUGAUAGACGAGACUAUGUGGGCGUAUUCAUUCACCCUUGCAGUGGGGAGAAUGAUGCAGUGUUGGAGUGGCCGGCUAAAAACAGACAAGUGACAGUGGUUGCCAUGGACCAAGAUCCAGAUGUGAGACUGAGAAUGUCAUCCACACGAAGUUUCACUACAACAGACUCCUGGAACCGUCCCUCUGCCUCCUCGGGGGCCACAUGGGACCCCACCUGUGACUGUUUCCGUGGAAAUGACUUUGGCUGGGCAACGUUCAUAUCCCACCAACAUCUGCUCCGUCGCAGCUUCCUCAAGAACAAUGACCUCAUCCUCACAGCCGACUUCAACGACUUGACUCACCUGAUAAAGACAGAGGUACCAGUCAAACCUGCUGUGUCCAGUGAGGGCGUCCCCAAGGAGGACCCAGUCCGAUUGGGUGGUCCAAAGCCCAGAGAGGCCCGAGCUGUCACUGCCUGUCACCCAGAGCUGUGUCUGAACGGAGGGGUUUGUGUGGAGAUUGAGGACAUUGCCUCCUGCAGGUGUGCUUCAACUCAGAGCACCUUCUACACGGGGGACAGAUGUGAGCGGCUGAACAUUCACAGGGGCAUUCUGGGAGCUCUGAUUGGAGGAGCAGUUGGGACUAUCAUCCUGACUGCCGCCAUCUUUACUGUUGUGCGGAGAACUUAAUGUUAAAGCCGCCUUCAGUCAACCAGAUGUGAGGUUCAAAUGCACAAAGUAAAAACAAGCUGUCCAAUGAGCACAUAGCCAUUAGAAUUACUACUUACAUAAAUAAAUUA